AUGAUGGGCAUUUUGUAUGAAAAGCGGCCCUUAAAAAGGCCCAGGUUGGGUCCACCUGACGUUUAUCCCCAGGAGCCGAAACAAAAAGAGGACGAGUUGACCGUGACGAACGUCAAGCAUGGAUUCGCCACAAGUCCCCAAUUAUCCGAUGAAUUUGGAACUGCCAGGCACUGCAGUGUCACUGCUGCCAAGGUCGGAUCUUAUUUCAACGGUAUCCUGGCCAGGAAGGAAGAACUGGCUACGAUGCCUGACACUGGCAGGAAAAAGCAGCAGAUUAAUCCCAAGGAUAAUUUCUGGCCUGUGACUGCCAGGACCAAAAACGGAAUAGAGGCUUGGUUCAAAGAUCUGUCUGGAUCCAAGCCUCUGCCAACUCUCGCCAAGAAGGCACCUAAUUUCAACAAGAAGGAGGAAAUAUUUAUGAUGCUCUGCGAAUACCAGGUUCCAAUGCUUCGAGCUGCUUGGUUUAUCAAACUUAGCUCUGCUUAUACUGUCGCAGUUUCCGAAGCAAAGAUUAAAAAGAGACAGUUACCUGAUCCCACCACGGAGUGGACCGGAACUUUAAUCAAAUUUCUGAAAGAUCAAUUAUCCAAACUCCAAGAAUGGUAUCACCUGGGUAAUCCAAACCCAGGUACCCCAAGUAGCAAUGGAACUCCAAACGGAACCUCUUGCAGCAGCAACACGCCGAACAGUAGCACGCCUUCCACAAAUUCUGCCAACGGCACAGUUAAUAAUCAGCCCUCGACUCCAAAUUCCAGCAUGCAACCAACCACAACUACGGCCGUGAUGAACGAGGAACAUAAACUGGCUCUUAGGCAGUGGCAUUACUGUAUAAUGCUCGCAAAGUACAUGUUUGAGGAAGGACUCCUCGACAGGCAUGAACUUCUACAGUGGAUCCUUGAAUUGCUCGACAAGAUGAAAUCCGUCCCUUGUGACGACGGCAUUUUAAAACUCUUGCUGCCGCUCGCCCUCCAAUAUUUGGAGGAAUUUGUACAGUCAGAGCUGCUGGCCAGAAGGCUCGCUUACUUGUGCUGUCGGAAAAUAGCCCACAUGUGCAGCAAUGUUGACACGAGUUUCAAUCCUCAGAGUCCUUCGGUCGCGCUUCCUGUAAAAUCGGAAACUAAUGGAAAAGAUAAUAUACCACCGCCGCCACCGCCAGUUGUAAUUAGUCCCUUGACUGCAGCCUUCAACGACUAUCUAUCCUGCCCGCAUCAUAGAGAUAUUCUUCUCGAACUGUCGGCUAUAAUACAGGCCAUUACUUUCGAAUGUCCAACCGCCCUCGUGUGGAACCGAGUCGGCGAGGGAAAAUCACCAUCCGUUUUAAACGGCUCGCCCAUCGACCAUCUUCCCUGUCCUCCUGCAGCAUUACCCUGUCCUCCAGCAACUGCCAGCGACCCCACGAUGAGGCAAUUGAAAGCUGCACAAGAGAGCAUCCAGGCUCGUUCGCAGGCCGCCGAGAGUCGGUGGUCGUGCGACAAAUGGCAGCAAAGCAGCGCCGGCAUGACCACGUCGAAAGUCCUCGCCGCCCUCGAUGCCCUCGAUCGUCACAGUUUCGACCGGAUGGACCAAAAUAACUCCCUGGAUACUCUCUACGCCAAGAUAUUCACCCCAACCCCGAAGGAAGCGAUGAAUGAACGAGACGCGAAGACUGAAUACAACCCACAGCAAGACUCUGCGAUAAUAGAGAUCCUCUGCGAGUGGGCUGUGAGUGCCGAAAGAUGGGGCGAGCACCGAGCGAUGGCUGUAGCAAAAUUAUUAGAGAAACGCCAGAGCGAAGCGUCUGGUGAAAAUAAUGACAAUGACGACAAAGACAGCGUUUGCAGCAAUGGAACUCCACCCUCGCUUCCCAUUUUUCAGCCACUGCUCAUGAAGUUUCUAGAUGUUGAUGCACCGAUCUUGGAUAACAACUCGGCCCAAUCCAAGGCGCAGUUUACGAAUCUCGUGCACUUGUUUUCCGAGCUAAUACGACAUGAUGUCUUUUCGCAUGAUGCUUAUAUGUGUACCCUCAUUUCGAGGGGGGAUUUAAUACAAGGCCCAGCAGCUAGUAAACCCAGCACUCCAAGUAAUCGAGAAACCAUGGAUGAGGACAGUCUUUUUCCAGGUUUAGAAUUAAAGACUAAACUAGAAGUGCCUGAUCAUGGAAGAACGAUGGAUUAUGAUGACAGCAAAAUCGACGACGAUCUAGAUAAGCUUCUCCAGCAUAUUAAGGAAGACCAACAAAAUAGCAUGGAUGCGCCCGACAGUCCGAAGGAAGAUGCUCUAGGCGGACAUGGACAUGAAGGGCUAGAUUCUAAAACUCCUUCCAGUCCCAGCAGACAUUUACUCUACACCACACACUUUCCUCUGCCGCAGGAUGAAAAUAGCAGUCAGCAUGACUGCAAUCAAAGACACGUUCUUUUAUACGGCGUUGGUCGUGUUCGCGAUGAUGCUAGACACGUAGUGAAAAAGAUGACGAAGGAAGUUUGUAAAUUAUUUGGAAAAAAGUUCAGCAUCGAUGUUGCGGAAGGCGGCAAAGUUAAAAAGCACUCGCGGAGUGAAUUCAACUUUGAGUCGAUAACGCAAAAGUUUCAGAACCUGAGCUACUUUGACCAGCACGUAGUGACUUGGCAAUGUGCGACGCAGGUUGUGGAGAUGCUCAACACAUUCGCGCUCUCUGGUUUUUCCUACUUGCCUGUUCAGGAGCACGUGGCCUUUCUCUUUGAUUUGAUGGAGCUUGCGCUCAAUAUUUAUGGACUGAUAGAUGUUUGUAUCCAGAUUUUGAAAGAACUGCCGGAAGUCGAGGCUCAAUUGGCAACGAGAAAUAGCACACUAGUCAGAAGUUACACCACAAGCUUGAGUCUCUACGUCGUUGGAGUUUUAAGGAGAUACCACUGCUGUUUACUACUAUCGCCGGAACAAACGACAGUUGUUUUCGAUUUACUCUGCAAGGUUGUGAAGCACAUUUCAAUCCCGAGCGAAUGUAGUUCAGCCGAGCGUUGCGUUCUAGCUCAUCUCUACGAUUUGUACUCGAGUUGUUCCCUGCUGAAGACGAAGCCGCAUGGAGUGGAGGCUUUCAAUAAUGCCCAUCCGAAAAUUCGUCUGGCUCUUUAUAGCUCGUUGCAGCCGACGCCUUCGAAUCAUGUCUACAAUUCGCAGUUUAUGGUCGACGUGUUCAACAGUCCGAAACGAGGGGGCAAAAUUGAACCGCAGUGGGCGAAACAGUUGAACGAAACUCCAGCGAAUCGAUAUAGUUUUGUGUGCAACGCUAUCGUCGCAGUUUGUAGUGAAACAGACAAUGAUAAGUUGAACGAUAUUGCAAUUACCUGUGCAGAAUUGACUGCCUGUUGUAAUGCUCUCAGUGCUGAAUGGUUGGGUGUUCUCACGGCACUUUGUCGAGAGAAUUCGGCUUUCUAUAUCGACGUCUUAAAUCAAGUGGACGUUCAGGAUUUGAGCAUUCACAACUCUCUUGCUGUGUUUACGUCUAUUCUGAUAGCGAGGCACUGCUUCUCUCUUGAAGACUUCCUGGUGCAUGUGGCCCUGCCAUCUCUGGUGAAGACCUGCAACGAAGGUCGGGGCGACGCAGACACCGAAGCAGAGGCAGGAGCUCGAUUAACGUGCCACUUACUCCUGAGGCUGUUCAAAACGAGCGAGUGUCCUCAACCAGCUUUAUACUCGGUCAGCACAAGUCCACAUCCUCUUCCGAGUGGAAAUCCGCGAGGUUACAACAUAAAAUUAAGCUGUGAUCGACAUUUGCUGGCUGCUGCGCACAACAAUAUUAAAGUAGCUCCUAUUUUGGCAGUACUCAAGGCUAUUUUGGUCGUUGGUGAUGCUACAGCAGGAAAGCAACCCCCAAAGAAACCCGACAUCCCCCUGACUCAUUCUGGCAAGGCUGGAGGUCCCGGGAGUGUAGGUGUCAGUGGGAGCGGCCCGGGUGAACUCUCCAUUAGUCAUAUUCUCGGGACGAGCGAUAUUCUCGGUGGCGGUGACGACCUUGGCCUCGAUCUGGCGAUGUCUUCCUCGAGCAGUAGCGCGGGUAUGACCGCAGAGAGUGUCAAAGGCCUCUCGGAUUUUGCGCAGCACGUUCUCCGACAGAUCUGUAGUCAAGAGUGGGUGUUGGAAAGGUGCCUGCAGAACCCUGAGGAACUCUGCGACUCUGAGAUGCUUCUUGAUGAUGUAUUGACGCCUCGCCAAGCCCAGAGACUCCUGCACAUGAUCUGCUAUCCACAAACUUCCUCCGACGCCUUCCUUGACCAGAAGACACACAUCACAAAUAUAUUAGAGAAUUUAGAACAGUGGAGUUUGAGGAUGUCUUGGCUAGAUCUUCAGCUUAUGUACAAACAGUUCCCACCAAAUUCGAAUGACUUGUCACAGUGGCUCGAUACGGUAGCGAAAGCGGCGAUUGAUGUCUUCCAGCUCAACAACGUUUCGGGCAAAUCAGAUAAGAAAUCGGGAUCCAUCUGGCUGGUCGCGCCCUUAGUUUCCAAGUUGCCUAGUGCGGUUCAAGGCCGAGUUUUAAAAGUGGCAGGCCAGGUUUUGGAGUCUGGCAACUGGUCGAAAAGUGCGAGUAGAGAGAGGGGAAGAUCCAAGUCGCCUUCGCUAUUUAAUCAUCAGCCGUUUCUCUCGCUUGUCCUCACGUGCCUCAAAGGUCAGGAUGAUCAGAGGGAAGGGCUCUUGACGUCGCUGCACUCGCAGCUGUCCCAGUUUUUAAGUACCAGUAAAGAGGAGAAGAAUAGUGGCGCUGAGGAUCCCAAGACGAGGGAAGUUUUGCAAGAUGCUCUGCAGCUCAGGUUCAGCUUAGUGGGUGGUGUUUUUGACACGAUACAGAAGAAUACAAAUGUGACGACGGACUGGGCAAUUUUACUUGUCCAGCUAGUUAGUUAUGGAGUUAUAGAUAUGAAUAAUAAUUCGGAGUUGUUCACGACGGUGAUUGACAUGCUUGCGACUCUGAUUCAUUCCACCCUCGUGUCCGAUUCGCAGACGGAAAAGGAUGAGAAUAAGAAGCAUUACCAGAAUUUGAUGAAGAAGCUGAAGAAGGAGUUGGGGGAGAGAAACUCGCCGAGUAUUCGCUAUGUGAGACAGCUCCUGCCUUUGUCGAAACAGACGAUGGAGGUAAUUGCUUGCGAGCCGAUCGGCUGCUUGACGGACACGAAGGGGAAUAAAAUUACCGGCUUUGACAGCAUCGAUAAGAAGCAGGGUCUGCAAGUAUGUGACUCACAGAAGGUCUCUCCGUGGGAAUUGCUGGAAGGUCAUAAGAAUCCAGCGCCGCUUUCGUGGUCCUGGUUCAGAGCUGUGAGAAUAGAAAGGAAACCGCUGACUUACGAAACGGCUCACAAGCUUCUCCGGUAUCAUACGCACAGUCAAAUAAGACAAACAAGUUAUUACCUUGAACCGCCGCCUCUUCCUCCGGAAGAUCUCGAGCCAGACAAGAAGGAAUCCGAACCCGGUAAAGCUGAUACGCCCACGAGUGUCGACUCGCCAGGGCGAAUUGGCAGUACUAAUGGCAUCAUUGGUGCAGUCACAGGUGGAGUUGGCAAAGGGAAGGCAAUGAAAGCCAAGAGAAGAAGGGUCAAGGGUGCAAACACACCCACCGCACCUCUACCUCAGCAGUUGCAGCCCCAAGGUCAGUCCCAGAUGCCGCAGAUGCCUUAUGGCAAUCAGCAACCUCAGGUAUCUCAGCAGCAGGGAAUGUUCCCGGGUCAGCCGCCCCAACCUCAGCAACAGUGGUAUCCUAAUCAGCAAGGUCAUCCCACUCCUCAACCAUAUGGCUAUGGUCAACAGUUACCUCCGUCUGCCGUUGGUGGUCCUCGCUACGAGAGGCCCGGAAUGAACAAUCAGUCGAAGCAGGCCUUGUCAAAUAUGCUCAGGCUGCGAGUACCCCCGUCUCAAUUCAUGGGAUCGCAACAGCAGCCGAGUGCACCUCUUGUUGGUGGUCCCGCAGGCUUCCAGGGAAUGCAGCGGCAGAUAAGACAACAGUUCAGGGCGCAGCACAGUGCUGCGACUAUGAAUCCUCAACAGGCGAUUUUCAAUCCUCAGCAGCAGCAGCCACAACCGCAGCCGCAACAGCAGGGAAUGUAUGCAGGAAUGCAGCAAGGUGUUGGUGGAAUGCCACAAAAUUAUGGGGGCUACGGUGGCCAGCAAAUGCUGUCGCAACAACAGCAAUCUCAACAACAGGCGCAGCAGCAGCAAUUGCUUCAGCAACAGCAGCAGCAACAGCAGCAGCAGCAGGGCAUGAUGUCUCAGCAGCAAAAUAUGUUAUUCCAGAAUCAGCAAAUGCUAGGCGCACAAAGAGGGCAGGAAUAUAUUCAACAACAACAAAGAAUGCAACAAGGUGCUGCAAGACCACCCUAUCUUCAGGCUCCCAAUGUCACGAUGAAUGCUAUGGGGCCAAUGGGUGGAGGUGUUCAAAAUCAGCCUGCCCCUCCUUAUAGACAAGCUGGUGGAAAACCUGGAGCUGUUGGAGUCACUGGAGUCGGGACAACAAAUGUUGGAUUACAAUCGAACCAACACCUCCAACAACAAUUAAUGAACCAGCGCUUCAGACAACAGCAAAUGCUGGCCAAUAUGCAGCAGCAGCAACAGCAGCAGCAUCAGCAAACGCAGCAACAGCAGCAGCAGCACGUUCAACAACCUGGCAACGUAGGCCAGCAACAAACUCCCCAAUUAGUAGCCCACCUUCAACGAAAUCUGAAUCAGCCUCCACAGCAUCCCUACCAUCAGCCCCCGCCGUAUUAAAACGGGAAACAAGGCCUUAAUCGUAUUGUAAAUUAUCUAGGCAUCUGAAGAAGAGAAACAGACACGCUUCCGCAAAGUCAAUGAAAUGAAAUUAAAUUAAAUGAAAUGGGAGAAAACGAAAAAGAAUGGAAAGGAGAAGAAAAAUGGUGUCUUUUUCGCAUGUGAUUUGAACUUUUAUAAAUACAAAUUACGCGGAAUGAGUGACUUUAUCCGCGUGAAAUCGUGUCGAACGGGAACAUAUUUUAGCUAAUUUUAACAAAGUAUUAGAGAAAAUGUACGAAGAUUUCGUAUUGUAAGUACACACAGACGACGAUUACUUUUAUUAUUAUUAUUAUUAUUAUUAUUAUAUCGAUUAUUUUAUUGCGCAGUUUUUAUUUGUAUCAAUUUUUCGCUGUGAAAACGAUAUCAGGAAUGAGUUGUUGUAAUUUUAUUCGUAUGACUGUUGAUAGGCGUAAAUUAUUUAAAUGACGUCAUUUGUGGUGUUACUGAUUUACUGGCAAACUACAGAUGAAACAAUUUUUUCGGGUAUUGCAUACUCACGAUGAAUGGCAAUAAACACACGUAUAUAGUUGUGCCAAAUAAAUAUUGUAAUUUCUCAGUUUCGUUUUUAGGAUGAAUUUUAUUCACUUGAGUUAUAUUAUAUUAAAAAAAUAGAAAAACAAAUUAGGAAUAUUUGAUGACUGUACAAAGGAAAAUUGGCGCGACGGGCGGUUUUCAUCGUAUUUCGUACGCUUGCAUAAUACCGCAGCAUAAGUUUAUUAAUUGUACAUAUUCGCUGCCUCCAUCCAGCAAUCUGUAGCUACAUUCCUGCAAGAGAAAUAAUAACAUUGAAUUCAUAUUAGCGUUAUUUGCCACGACUAAUAAAUUUUAUUGAUAUAGCUCGUCUAAGUUUAUCGGUUAAACUAUUCUUUUUUUUUAUCACAGAUACUCGCCUAUUCAAAAUGUACAUUCUCAAAAUUCUCAUUUUAAGUAAACAUUACAAUUUCAA